AUGGAAGUAGACGCACAGCAAACAAACUUUCCUCCAAUAGGUGGAAGACCUGUUGCUCCCGUCAACACUCACACAUGCCGAGGGAGGAUAAACUCUCUACCGACUGUCACCGGUCAACAAUCGCCAAUGGAACGGCUCGGUAGCAAGAUCGAAGAAUUAGCUGAGUUCAUAAAGGAUAAACGAAAUCUCCACCAUGAACUCAGAAAAAUAGUAGCGUCCAUUGCCACGGCAUAUAAGUUGGCCAACAAACCAGCAACGAAGACGGCGAGAACCACGCAAACAUCUCCGGAUCUGAACAAAAAAUCCCAGACGUUUUCGGUCACUCCUGAGAAAACACAGCAUAGAGAAGAGAAAAACAAGAAGAGGCCGCUAUCCACGCCCAGCCCUUCCUCGGAAAUCGAUAAGCCAGCACAUAAGAAGACAGCCUGGGGUGAUACCUGGACCAAAGCCGAUCUCCUCAAGGAAAUCAAAGCCAAGGUUAAUCCGACAGAGACUGGAGUAGACAUAAAGUCUAUCAAACAAACGAAGCGAGGGGGCGUUCUUCUAGAAAUAGGUCGCAAGACUGAAGACACUACUGCUUUUACGGCUGCGAUAAAAACAGCAACUGCUAACAUCGGUACAGUCAGAACGCUUACACCAAAAGCAACGAUCGAGAUCCUGGACUUGGAUGCCAUCACUACUGAGAACGACGUCCGCGAAGCACUCAAACGUGACUUCACCGACAGCCUGGAGAUCAAACGGGUAAAUUUGACAAAGCCUACUCGACGGGGCAACCGGGCAGCCUUCUGCGAGAUAGACGAGGCUAGCGCGUUCAAAAUCCUUGACAAGGCUCGUAUAAUGAUCGGAUGGGUCAACUGCCGCAUUCGACCAGUUGUAAAAGUAACACGCUGCAUCAGAUGUCUCGGAUACGGGCACGCGACGAACUCCUGCAAGGGGCCUGACAGAAGCAAGUGCUGCUUUAAAUGCGGAGGAGGAAACCACAAAGCUGCAGACUGCGUUGAACAGCCAAAGUGCUUCUUCUGUACAGAGGAACAAGAAGCUCCAGAUAGCUUAUGCCAUAUUCCAGCCUCCGGGGCUUAUAAGGUAUUCCGCACCGCACUUGCCGAAGCUACAAAAGGGCAGAAAUGA